GACACAAUUAGUUUUGCAUAAUUUUCGAACGCGGCUGUGUCUUCCUUGUGUAAAUAUUUAUUUUUUCAAAAAUUUUAUUGUUUGUUUUUAAAACAUGUCGAUGAUUGUUAUUCCUGGAAACUUUGAAAAUGAAGAUAAUGAAAAAUACAAUUACGAAACACUAAAAGAAACUGCAGAUUUUUUAAAAAAAUCAGUCUCUGUCAUUCCCAAAGUUGGCAUCAUUUGUGGAUCUGGCUUGGGUACCUUGGCAGAGGGUUUGGAAAACAAAGUGACCGUACCAUAUGAAGACAUACCCAACUUCCCAAAGAGUACAGUGCAAGGCCAUGCCGGUGCUCUCGUUUUCGGUAAUGUUGGAGGCAUCCCUGUAAUUUGUAUGAAGGGCAGAUUCCACUAUUAUGAAGGGUAUCCUUUAUGGCUAUGUGCUAUGCCUGUACGAGUGAUGAAAUUAUUAGGAAUCACCCAUCAGCUACCAAUGCUGCUGGAGGAUUAAAUCCAAAGUACAAAGUGGGAGACAUAAUGCUCGUCAAAGAUCAUAUUAACUACGUCGGAUUCGCUGGUAACAAUCCUCUUCAAGGUCCCAACGAUGAUAGAUUCGGGCCCAGAUUCCCAUCCAUGAGCAGACCUUAUGACAGAGAAUUAAUAACAAAAGCUAAAAGAAUAGCUAUGGAUCUGGGUUUAGGAAAAGACAUCCAUGAAGGUGUUUAUAGUUGCUUAGGAGGGCCAAACUUCGAAACCGUUGCAGAGCUUAGAAUGUUAAAAAAGUUUGGAGCCGACGCUGUAGGCAUGUCCACAGUCCACGAAGUAAUUACAGCCCGGCAUUGUGACCUGAAAGUCCUAGCUUUUAGCCUUAUUACAAACGAAUGUAUUGUCGAAUAUGACAAUUUAGCUGUUGCUAACCACGAAGAGGUAUUGGACGUUGGAAAAAUAAGGCAAGAGACCCUUCAGAAAUUUGUCAGACAAAUCGUGGAGUUCAUCGGAACAGCGUUUUAGGAUUAAUAAUUGUAAAAAUGUAUGUUCGUAAUUAUACUAGUGGCAUA